UUAGGGAUCUAUUGUUCCUUGUCUUAUUGGUGCCAAACCUCAUUCUGUCUAAUGAAGGUGCCAAGAGAGAAAGAGACACAGAGGACAGCCUGAGGAUCCCUCCGUCCUGCAUCGACCAGGAUUACCUCUCCUGGACAUACCGGUGUCGACAAAAGCAAUAUAAGGCGCACACUUCUUCACCUCGUGGCUUCUUUUGGAUCCUGCUGCCUGCAUUGGGAAGUACUGUGCUUGCGGUGCAGUGGCCAUGGGGCUGGCCGGCGGAGCUGUUGGGAUGUUGGGGGUCCUGAAAAGGGUCGCGUUGCUCUGGAGGUUAGCGCUGCUCUUUUUCUCCAUCUGGGAACUGAAUGCACAAACCGCAGUGGCAACUAAGCCCAGGUACAUCUGGCAAACAGGACCAUGGGGUCGAUGCAUGGGCAGUGAGUGUGGGCCAGGUGGUAGCCAGAGCAGAGCGGUAUGGUGCGCACACGCUGAAGGUUGGACCACCCUACACACAAACUGCAACCAGGGCGAGCGACCGAACAACCAGCAGAGUUGCUUCAGAGUGUGUGACUGGCACAAAGAUCUGUAUGACUGGCAACUGGGAGCAUGGAACCAGUGCGUCCCUGUGUCAAUGCGCAGUGCAGGUGUGCAACGGCCCACCGUAUGCACCCGAGGAGACGAGGGCAUUCAGACCCGAGAAGUGGGCUGUGUCCAGAAAGCAAAUGGCGAGCCUGCAGAGGACGCAAUUUGUGAAUACUUUGAACCCAAACCUCGUCUGGAGCAAGCUUGUCUGAUCCCUUGCCCUCGGGAUUGUGUGGUGUCUGAGUUCAGUCCGUGGACAUCCUGUUCUAAGACCUGUGGGAUAGGUUUGCAAAACAGAAUUCGCAUUGUUCUUGCUCCCCCAUUAUUUGGGGGGUCAGCAUGCCCAAACCUGACAGAGUUUCAGACCUGUCAGCCAGGACCAUGUGAGGGAGAAGAGAGCCAAUACAGUCUGCGGGUUGGACCCUGGGGGCUCUGCUCUGUGCCAGCCUCAAGGCAGGCCAGGGAAGCUAACAAACCAUCCAGUGAGACUGAGCAGCCAUCCAGAGACAGCGAUAAACCCCCAAGUGAUGGUGGCAAACAGGCUGGAGAGGACAAAAAGCAAUCCAAAAGAGGCGACAAACGGCCCAAAGUAGGUGACAAGAAGUCGAUUCAGGGUGAUGACGUUUCCAAAGAUGGAGACAAACCACCAAGAUCCACCAGGAAACUGGGCAAGGGCAACGGAAAUCCAGACAGACCGUCCCGACAGGCCGACCGGCCCAAACGACAGAGAAAACUUAAAAACAAGGCCAAAAAAGAGAAAAUCAGAGAGAAAGUCCGAGAGAAAUUGAGGGAGAGAGGAAAGGUAAAAGAUCCUGGGACCAGAGAGCUCACCAAAAAGAAUCGAAACAGGAACCGUCAGAAUCGCCCGGGAGGAAAGUCCUGGGACCUGCAAAUUGGAUACCAGACAAGAGAAGUCACCUGUGUACACAAGAGUGGAAAUGUUGAACCUCUAAGCCUUUGCUCCCAUGAAUCGCUUCCAGUGACCUACCAAGCAUGUGUCAUGACCAAAGACUGUGAUGUGACCGACUGGUCUGAGUGGUCAGCUUGCUCUCAGGAGUGCUACGACCCCAACGGGCCCAAGGGAGAGCAGACACGGACGCGAAAAGUCAGCCAGUUCCCCAUUGGAGGAGGAGCUGAGUGUCCAGAGUUGGAGGAGAAGCAGCCGUGCAGUCCCCAAGGAGAAACAGUGGCGCCCUGCAUCGUUUACAGCUGGAAGACGACUGAGUGGACGGAGUGCAGGGUGGAUAUGCUGCUGAGCCAACAGGAUCGUCGCAGAGGGAACCAAACAGGCUUGUGUGGGGGUGGCUUUCAGACUCGGGAGGUUUACUGUGUGCAGGCCAGUGCAGAUACGCCAUCCAACCUCAGUUCUCUCAAAAGCAAAGAAGUAUUGCGGCCAGUGGACAGUGAUCUGUGUGUGGGGGUUGCCCCCAACACCACCCAACUCUGCCAUAUCAACUGUCCGGUCCAGUGUGAGGUAUCGUCCUGGACUGCCUGGGGACCCUGCACCUAUGAAAACUGUCAAGAUCAAAGUGCGAAGAAAGGUUUCAAAAUGAGGAAGAGGAAGAUUGUUAACGAUCCAACGGGCGGAACAGGGAACUGCCCACACCUGGUGGAAGCGAUACCAUGCGAAGACCCCAGCUGCUAUGACUGGCUGGUGGUCAAACUGGAAGAGUGCAUCCCCGAUAAUGAGAAGGAAUGUGGGCCAGGAACACAGAAUCCCCAAGUCCAGUGUGUCACCAGUGACGGUGAACAUGUGGAAAGACAGCUAUGCCGGGAUGCCAUCCUUCCCAUGCCGGUCAUCUGCGAGGUGCCUUGCCCCAAGGACUGUGCCCUCAGCCCUUGGACAUCUUGGUCCCUCUGCUCUCACACCUGUUCUGGAAAAAAUACAGAGGGGAAGCAGACCAGAACUCGCUCCAUUUUGGCGUAUAAUGCAGGAGAAGGUGGAAUCCAGUGUCCCAACAUCAGUGCCUUGCAGGAAGUGAGGAGCUGCAACGAGCAUCCGUGUACUGUGUACCACUGGCAGACUGCUCCAUGGGGACAAUGCAUAGAGGACUCCUCCAUCCCAGCCACCAACACAUCCGUGGGUCGAGGACGAGGAAAUGAGGCUUCUUGCUCUGUGGGGAUGCAAACCCGGAAAGUCAUGUGUGUCCGGGUCAAUGUGGGCCAGGUUCCUCCCAAAAAGUGUCCAGAGAGCCUGCGCCCAGACACUGUCAGGCCCUGCCUGCUGCCAUGCAAGAGAGACUGUAUCGUCACCCCUUACAGUGACUGGAGCCCCUGUCCUGCAGUAUGCCAAACAGGUGGUAAGACUAAGAAAAAGCAGUACAGAAAACGCAUCAUCAUCCAGUUACCAGCCAAUGGAGGGCAGGACUGUCCAGAAGUGCUGACUCAGGAUAGGGAGUGUGAGGCUCCCUCUGUCUGUCCAGGAUACAGAUGGAAAACACAUAAAUGGCGGAGAUGUCAAAUGGUUCCGUGGUCAGUUCGUCAGGACAGCCCCGGAUCGGAGGAAACUUGUGGUGCAGGCCUACAGGUUCGAGCGGUUUCGUGCCGGAAGCGAGUGGGUGGACAGGCAGAUGUGGAAGCUUGUCUCAAGUUGUCCAGCUCCAUGCCACCUCUCACCCAGCCGUGCCAGGUGCCGUGCCAGGAGGACUGCCAACUGAGCAACUGGUCCAAGUUCUCCUCUUGCACAGCCGACUGUGUGGGUGUCAGAGUGCGCAAAAGGAUUCUGAUGGGUAAGAGCAAAAAGCGAGACCAGUGUAAGAACCACCAGAUGUAUCCACUGAGUGAGACCCAGUACUGCCCGUGCAACAAGUACAACGCCCAGCCUGUGGGCAACUGGUCCGACUGUAUUCUAUCAGAGGGCAGCCGCAUGGAAGGACAACUGGGCAUGAAGGUCCAGGGCGAUAUCAAGGAGUGUGGUCAGGGGUAUCGAUACCAGGCCAUGGUUUGCUAUGACCAGGAUAACCGCAUUGUGGAGACGUCACGCUGCAACAGUCACGGUUACAUUGAAGAGGCUUGCAUCAUUCCCUGCCCGUCUGAUUGUAAACUCAGCGAGUGGUCCAACUGGUCUCGAUGCAGCAAGUCGUGUGGCAGCGGGGUCAAAGUGCGCUCCAAGUGGCUCCGGGAAAAGCCGUACAACAGCGGAAGGCCGUGCCCUAAACUAGACCAUGUCAACCAGGCACAAGUGUAUGAAGUGGUGCCUUGCCUCAGUGACUGUGGGCAGUAUGUCUGGGUGGCAGAGCCGUGGAGCGUAUGGAAAGUUAGCAACGUGGACCUGAAGAACAACUGUGGUGAAGGAGUGCAGACCAGAAAAGUCCGGUGUAUGCUGAACACCAUUGACGGGCCCUCGGAGCCGGUGGAGGACUACCUGUGUGACCCUGAGGAGAUGCCUCUGGGUGCUCGUAACAGCCGCUUGCCCUGCCCAGAGGAUUGUGUGUUGUCAGACUGGGGGGCCUGGAGUCCAUGCUCACUGCCAUGUAAUGGGAACAGCACGCGAGAGAGGAGGGCUUACCUCCUCCGUCAGCCAGGAGAGGAGAAGGAGUGUCCUCCAAGCACAGAAACGGAGUCUUGCAAACUCAAUAGCAAUUGCUUCCACUAUUCCUACAACAUCACUGACUGGAGUACCUGUCAGCUGAGUGAUCGAGCAGUCUGUGGAAAUGGUAUCAAGACCCGUAUGCUGGACUGUGUGCGCAGUGACGGAAAAUCUGUCGACCUUACGUUUUGUAAAGAGCUGGGCCUGGAGAGGAAGUGGCAGAUGAACGCAUCCUGUGUGGUGGAGUGUCCUGUCAACUGCCAGUUGUCCGAGUGGUCGGCGUGGUCCGACUGUACACACAAGUGUGGACUCCAAGGUAAGAUGUGGAGAAAGCGGACAGUGAUCCAGGCUCCCCAAGGCGAUGGGAGGCCAUGCCCAUCGCAGAUGGAGCAGUGGAAGCCGUGUCUGGUGAAGCCCUGCUAUACGUGGAGAUACAGCACCUGGUCUGAAUGCAAGUCGGAGGGGGCGAGGUGUGGUGACGGCUUGCGCUUUAGGAACGUGUCAUGCUUCGUGUCUGAUGGAUCGGAUCUGCAGAGGAGUGUCGUGGACGACGAGUUGUGUGGAGAUCUGGAGCCUGUGGUGGAUGGAGAUCCACAGAUCAUACUGCAGGAGUCCUGCACUGUACCUUGUCCAGGAGAAUGCUACCUGACGGACUGGACCGGUUGGAGUCCGUGUCAGUUAAGCUGCGUGGGUGGGGACGAUCUGGGUUUUGGCUCAGUCCAAGUCCGCUCUCGGGCCGUUGUGGCUCAAGACCCUGAAAAUCUGCUUCAGUGUCCCGAGCAGGAGCUUGAGGCCCGGCCAUGUACAGAGGGACAGUGUUUAGAAUACAAGUGGCAAGCUGGACCAUGGAGAGGCUCAUCACGCCGUGUAUGGUGCCAGCGCUCAGAUGGCUUGAACGUCACAGGCGGCUGCCCAGCAACGACCAAGCCAUUGGCUGACAGAUCAUGUGACCCGGCCUGCACCAAGCCUCGUUCCUUCUGUACAGAGGCGGGUGUCUGUGGCUGUGAGGAGGGCUACACAGAAGUCAUGACCUCUGACGGCCUACUUGACCAGUGCACCGUCAUCCCAGUGCUGGAGAUCCCCACCACCGGAGACAACAAAGCAGAUGUCAAGACCAUCCGAGCCUUCAACCCCACACAGCCGGCAGUCAGCCCACCAGGCAGGGUGGGACGCACCUGGUUUCUGCAGCCCUUUGGUCCAGACGGCAAGCUGAAGACGUGGGUGUACGGCGUAGCGGCAGGAGUGUUUGUCCUGCUGGUCUUCAUCAUCUCAAUGACGUACUUAGCAUGCAAGAAGCCAAAGAAACCACAGCGACGACAGAUGAACAACAGGCUGAAGCCCCUGACGCUGGCCUAUGAUGGAGACGCCGACAUGUAGACGUGUUGUCGACCGUGCGGAUCUGCAGACAACCUCGGACACAACAUCAACAAUCACGAUCCAUGCUCAUAGCAGCCUUUUUCUUUUACACUGGAGCCUCGGUAUUCGUCACUAAGGUCAGACAAAAACCAAAAUGUAGGAAAAGCGCUCAAAACCAUAUCUGCAGCUCGCUGAGUCAUCUACACUUAAAUAUGGUUCUAAACUAUAACAAAUGAUGUGAACUUCCUCUUUAUCUGUACAUCCUUCCAGGUGCUUUUGGCAGGCCCUGAUGCAUAUGUUAGGGGUACACGUUAAACUUAAGGAAUUUAGCAAAACAUGUUAUAAUAAUAAUUAUUAUUAAUUAUAAUUAAUAGAACAACUGUUAUAGAACCUCAUGUCAAGUUGAUGUCUUCUUUAGUGCAAAUGGAGUUCACAGAAAGAGGGGUCCCAAAACCCCCAAAACGUUUAUACCCCGGUGUCCCUGUGUCAGAACCUUUACAUUACAAUCCUAUUGUAACAAACGCCAUCUUCUUACAACUCCAACUUCUUUAUUGAGUUGUUUUAUGAGCAAGUGAACCACACACACACACACACACACACACACACACACACACACACACACAUAAUAAAAGUGAUUAAAGGAUUCCCAGGCUGGAAUCUGUCCACAGUGCCCCAACUCUGAAAGAACCACCAUUCUUCACAGAGAUGUGGAUGCAUUGUUAGGCCACUUAAUUCCACACAAUGGUACGCGAGCAAACAGACUACUUUGUCUGCAAUGAAUAAAUAAAUAAAUCCUAUAAAACCCGAGGUUCCAUCGCAUUUUUGUAUCUGUAGUGUUUUGUUGCACAAGAGCCUUCAUAACUUUUAUAUGCCUUCAAUUCUAUGUGCUCUUUUACGUCAAGCUACCCACCAACCUACCCAUUGGUUGGGUCACAGCUGAGCGGUCAUGGUUGAUUUAUUUUGUAUUUUAUUUAUGAUAAACUGGGCCCUGAAGAGUAUGAACCUCGCAGUCCCGCUAUUUUCUGCCUUUUUUUUGUUUUCCUGGCAUCAUUUUGCACUAUAUUAGUGCAGCGUGUUGUACUCAUGUCUCACUUCCUGUCUCAAACAAGCCGGUGGGCGAUGGAGUUGCUUGCUUGCAGCCCGAUCUCACUCCCAUUGCCUCUUAUACAGUAUGUGAUAUGAUGGCAUUCUGUAAAUAGGAUGUUUGUUUUUUCUCUGUCAACUUGUACAGCUUUUCUUCUCAAGCUCUUGAAGAUUUGUACUUUUGUAGAAGAGUGUGAUGGAAGCCACGGGGGGCGCAUUGGGACGGGAGGUUGACAAGGGCGACCAAAACAUUUCACAUGAAGGAUGGACUGACUCAGAAAGAAUGAGGGCCCUGUUACCUUCGAUUUCGAUCUUACUUCCUCUGGAGGUAUGAUAUUUUCUAUUAUGCUUCAUUUUCCACUGGCUUCAGCUCUCGUCUCUCUUGUCAUAACUUCUGUCAAAAAGUCUUUAUUUAUAAGCAUCGCUAGCUCUGCCCGAGGCAUUAAGAAUUUUAGUACGGCCUCAUGGAAAUCAUUUUUUUGGCCCAUAUUUUGAAAUAUGACAAUACACCGUCUUUAACAUCAGCAUCGUUUCCCUGAACUUUAUGUUGAGACCUGACGAUAGAAAUGUUCCCAUAAUGCUUUGAUAUUUCAGGAUUAAGACUAUUCAAUUAUGUCAGGCUCAUCUGAAAUGGUUCCCACGGCUGAGAAGGUUAUACUGUACAUGAAUACAUUACUCACAAAAACAACACCCAACCCUAACCCCCAUAACUCCCUCCUAAACGCCAACCCCCAACCCUACCCCGAACUCCCUCUUAUCCCUAACCCCCUAACCUUACCUUAACUACCUCCUAAUCCAAACCCCCUAGCUCCCUCUUAUCCCUAACAGCCUAAUCCUUAACCCCUUAACUCCUUCCCAAACCCUAGCCCCCUAACCCUACCCUUAAAUCCCCCUUAACUCGCUAACCCUAGCCCUAACUCCCUCCUAAACCUAACCCCAAAUCCUACCCUAAUGCCCUAAACCUAACGCCAACCCUCUAACCCUACCCUAUGCCCUAACUAUAACCCCCAACCUGGUGUUAGGGUAGGGUUAAGGUUAGGAGGGAGAUGGGGUAGAGUUAGGGAAUUAGGGCCUCAGGGUAGGGUUAGGAAUAGAAGGGUGUUAGGGGUGGGGUUAGGAGGGAGUUAGGGGUAAGGUUAGGGGGUUAAGGUUAAGGUAUCCUAACACCCUACCCUAACACCAUCCUAUCCCUAACCCACUAACCCUACCCCGUUUAGAGAGUUAGGGGGUUAGGGUGUUAUGGUUAGGAGGGAGUGUUAGUGAGUAGUGCAUAUGUAUGUACAGUACAUAUACAAGUAUAUAUGAAUGUAUACUGUAUGUAUGUACAUUCAUAUAGUCUGUGAAUUCAUGCAACCAAAUGGCGACUCUCUCAAGUAAACAUUUUUGAAGCAUUGAAACAACGGAUGUCACAUCUCUC